UAUUUCUUUUAUUAGUGACUUUUAUUAGUGACCCAUUGACCUUUUUCUUUUCUUUCCUAUGCCUUUCUGGGAGGGUUUUUCUUCAUGCAUCAUCACUGUAAUCUUGCUGCAGUUGUAGUUUCCCAUAAAACAAGCCCUUGUGUAUCUGCCGAAAACAUGAGUCAUCCGAGGCUUUUCUUGCCCCCUUUUUUCUUUUUUUAUAUAUCCUCACUGCUUCGGUUAUGAUGUGGUGUAUGAUAGGAUUGCGUUGUAAUAUCCGGGGGCUGGUCCAGAGUGGAGUGGGAGUGUCUGUGGACUCCGCUCUCCCUCCUACAGGAGACUCACACACUGCCACACCGCCGCGCACUGCAGAGGAGAGAGCAGGAGUCAGACACCACCGGGGAAUAUGUCAGCUUUCUCACGCACCGAGGGACGAUUCCGACACCGGCGCAGCGCAGCCGAUGCAUACCCCCUGCCUCUGCUUUAGUUCCUCACUGACACAUCGCUCCGUUUAUCACUUAUGCUCUGGUGAGAUCUUCUCUAUUGCUGCUGCUGCUGCUGCUGCUGCUCCUGCUCCCGGUCCAUCCAUAUCCCCUCCUCCCGUCUCUUCCUGCUCCUCCUCCUCCACCUCCUCCUCCUCCACCUCCUCCUGCUCUCCGCCGUCCCGUCGCCAGGAUGGACAAGGCGCUCUGCGGUCCGCAUCCCGGGAUCAACAAAUCCAACUCUUCCUCCGCGGACAUGCGCGGGGGCUCGUCGUCGUCGAGGAAGCCAGGCGGCCGGACCGGGUCGCAGAGCCCGGGCUCCAGCUCCCUGGGCGGCUCGACCGGGGCAGGAGGCAGCCGGGGAUCCGUGCUGCUGGGGAACAGCAUGAAUCUGCAGCAGCAGCAGCAGCAACAUGCGCGCAAGAGGCAGCUGGAAGGAGUGCUCAGCAAAUACACCAACCUGAUCCAGGGCUGGCAGAACAGGUACUUUGUGUUGGAUCCAGAGCUGGGACAGCUGCAGUACUUCGUCAACGAGCAGGGGAAGAGCCAGAAGCCCCGUGGGUCCCUGCCUCUGAUCGGUGCCUCAGUAACCACGAGUGACGAGGCCCCACACAUGUUCAUUGUGAACUCUGUUAAUGGAGAGCUGUACAAACUCAGAGCCUCCGACGCCAAGGAGCAGCAGUUUUGGAUCAGUCAGCUCCAAGCAUGUGCCAGACGUCACUCAGACAGCAGUGCCAAGGUGAGGAAACUAAAGGGCUCUGAUGAACACUUGAGUGUGGAACGAGCUGGUGGGGGUCAGGAGGUGGUGGGCUCCUCGUCCUCUGGUCGGACCCGUAGUUUCUCCCUCCUCCCCCACCUAACCCCAUCCUCAUCCCCGGGUUCCCAGAGGCACCUGGGCCACACGGCCUCACCCAGCAACAUCGUCACCAUCACCCACCACAAAUCUCCAGCUGCAGCGCGGCGAGCCAAGAGUCAGUAUCCGGGACGGCUGCUGGAGGUCAAAGAGGUGAUGUCCCAGGCAGAGGGCCAACAGAAGAACCUUGUCCAGUCCAUUGACUCACUACCUACCAAAGGCCCGCUCUCGUGCCUGGAUCAGGACCUGCUGCUGCUCAAAGCCACGUCAGCCGCCACACUCAGCUGCCUGGGAGAGUGCCUGAACAUCCUCCAACAGACUCAGAGCCACAGCCAGGCGCCGCCUCAGUCCCAGGCCUCCCAGCGCAACCACACCGCCCCCUCCGAUGGUGUUCCUGUGUGGACUGUACCAAAGUCGCCCUCAGGGGAGCAGUUGAAGAACGGAGGUCCGACUCCUCUACGAUCAGCCGAGCCCUCCCCGGCCCUCAGGAAAAGGAGUCUGUCCCAUGGUGCUGAGCACCACCAAGGGCUGGAAGACAUCAGCCCCACCGAGGAGGUGACGGACAUGGAGGACAACGAGGAGGAGGACCUGGGCGUCCUUGACGACCAGCGGAGCAUCAUCCUCCACCUGCUGUCCCAGCUCAAACUGGGCAUGGACCUCACACGGGUGGUGUUGCCUACCUUCAUUUUGGAAAAGCGAUCGCUGCUGGAGAUGUACGCCAACUUCAUGGCCCACCCGGACAUGUUCCUGUCAAUCACAGCUGGGGCCACGGCGGAGGACCGGAUAGUCCGCUUCGUGGAGUACUACCUGACCGCCUUCCACGAGGGGAGGAAAGGGGCCGUGGCCAAGAAGCCCUACAACCCCGUGUUGGGGGAGACCUUCCACUGCUCCUGGGAAGUGCCUCGGGACAGAGUGAAACCUCUGGUCAGGUCGAACCAGGGCUCGGCUCGGGAGCCGGGCAGGGCGGCCCCCAACAACGCGCAGCAGGGCGAGGAUUCACCGGGGGGCUGCUACAGGGUCCGAUUUGUGGCGGAGCAGGUGUCCCACCAUCCACCCGUGUCCGGGUUUUACUGUGAGUGCCGGGAGAAGAGGAUGUGCGUCAACGCUCACGUGUGGACCAAGAGCAAGUUCAUGGGCAUGUCUAUAGGAGUGUCCAUGCUGGGCGAAGGCGUCCUGUGUCUCCUGGAGCACGACGAGGAGUACGUCUUCACGCUGCCCUGUGCCUACGCCCGCUCCAUCCUCACCGUUCCCUGGGUGGAGCUGGGGGGCAAAGUCUCCAUCAACUGUGUCAAGAGCGGCUACUCGGCCACGGUGACCUUCCACACGAAGCCUUUCUACGGAGGGAAGGUGCACAGAGUGACAGCGGAGGUCAAACACAACCCGACCAACACCAUCGUGUGCAAAGCGCAGGGCGAGUGGAACGGCACGCUGGAGUUCACCUACAGCAGCGGGGAAACCAAAGUCAUCGACACGGCCAAACUCCCCGUCACCAAGAAGAAGCUGCGGCCUGUGGAAAAGCAGGGGAGGACAGAGUCCAGGAGGCUAUGGCAGCACGUCACCAGGUCUCUGAAGGAAGGGAACAUGGACGGGGCCACGGAGCACAAACACAGACUGGAGGAGUGUCAGAGAGCGGAGGAGAAGAAGAGGGCGGCUGACAACAAACCCUGGACACCAAAAUACUUCACUAAAGAGGGAGACGGUUGGAUCUACAAUAACCCGCUGUGGAAGUCGACCUGACAUCAGAACAAUCCUCUUUCCUCAUGGACGAUAUAACGGAGGUCCUCCACCUUCAGACUCACUGAGCGACUCUGGAGAGACACACAGGAAACUAGCAAAGGUGCCAAAAGGAGCUCCACCGUUGUUAACUAACCAGGAGAAGCGGCUGUUUGGGACUCUCGGGACAUGAAGAACAUUUUUUUUAUACAUAUAUAUAUACAGUUAAUAAUAGUAUUACUAUUCAAAGUAGAGGAUUUCUAUUUUUCACCUUGCCAAGGCCUUUUUUUGCACACGCACAGUAACAACGUCCGCCACUGGUGUUUGUUUGUUUUCAACUAAUCAGUACCAAGCUUUUAGUUUAGUCGGCACUAGAAUGGAUCCAGUCUCCUGUAACACGUUAUACUGUAGCUGUUUUUUUUUGUUGUUGUUGUUUUUGUUUUGUUUUUGUUUUUUUUAAAAAAAAAAGCACUUUCAACUUAGAAAUAAAUCGACUAUUUUAUAUUUGUGGCUUUUACCAAUCAGGGUGGUCUCUCAGAGCUUUACAGGAAAUAAGGUCACCCAACCAAGAUUUAAGGAUAUCUCAGAACAUAUGUACUACAUUUAGAUAAUGUGUUCGUAUAUAUUAUUAUACAGUAUAUUACAGCAAGCUAUUGGAAAGUCCUGAUUGUUUUCGUCUGCACUAUGAAUGUAUUUAGGCACAUUUUUGCUUCUUCCCCAUGGUGUAACUUCUUAUUCUGCCACCUCUGCCAAACAUAAGACCUCCAUUGCUACCUCUCUUACUCAGCUGUCCCAGCCAUGACUCAUUGUUCCAAAACAAAACUCUUGGUUUCCUCUUCGGCUACACACUCUGCUAAUCUGUUUUGUAUUCGUGCCCCUUCGAUGACACUUGUGUAAUUAGGCGGCGCCUACACACACACACACACACACACACACACACACAGCCUGAGCGUCCUGAAGCCAACACUUCUCUUUAGGUCGCAGCGUGGUGAUGAAUAUGGAUGCAGGAAAAAAAAAACAAAAAACAAAAACACAGCGCCAUGUUCUCACAUCCGGGGGUCGCGGGAAGGUUUCCUGUGUGAAGACGAGAGGACGAUCUGGGAGAAUAACAAUCGCUGGAAACAACAAACUGUUGGUUCAUGCUGGUGUGUGCUCUCAGUUCAACUACACGGUCAAACUUUCUAAUAACUCAUAAAUUCCACAUUCGUUCCUUUAGUUUAAUUUUUAAACGUAUUUUUGUACUGGGUACUUUUAAGUCAGGUGGAUUUACCAGAUGCCGGUUUGUAGCCUCCGUCAUUUCAGCACGUGGUCUUAAUACAUCACGGCGUAUGUUCAUUGCUUUAUUACGACACUGGCCUUACAUGAAACCAUGAAACCAACAAGCAGCUACACACACAAACACACACAGAGGAUCUGGACUCACUGAAGUAGAUGGUGGUUGUGGAUAAACAAAGAACUGUACAUUAAUAAAGACCUUCUACCUUUUUUAAA